UUUAAUCAAACUGCCCCACAGUCCCCAAAUCACUCCUGGAAUACAGCAGUGGGAGGCAGCAAAGGGGAGAAGGAUGCCGGACGUGAGGGACCAAGGCCUGCCCUGCACUUAGGCCUCCUCCAGCCAAUGCUGCCCGGGGGUCUCUGACCUGCUGGCCAGCCAGGGCCUGUUCUGGGGAGGCCCUCCUCCUGACUUGGGUUGCCGACAUCAGCUCUAGGCUGUAGAGAAAUCAGGAAGAUCACAGAACCAGCAUGGAUCCUGACAGCGAUCAACCCCUGGAUAGCUUUGAUGUCACCCCCCUGCGCAAACCCCGCACUCCCCUGGAGACCUUCAAAAAGGUGGGGGUCCCCAUCAUCGCAACACUGCUGAGCCUGGCGAUCAUCAUCACCGUGGCUGUCCUCAUCAAGGAGAUCCUGGACAAAUCCUACUUCCUCUGUGGGCAGCCCCUCCACUUCAUCCCGAGGAGGCAGGUGUGUGACGGUGAACAGGACUGUGCCUCGGGGGAGGACGAGCUGCACUGUGUCAAGAACUUCCCCGAGGGGCCUCCAGUGACAGUCCGCCUCUCCAAGGACCGAUCCACCCUGCAGGUGCUGGACUUGGCCACGAGGAACUGGGCCUCUGCCUGUUUUGACAACUUCACAGAAGCUCUGGCCAAGACAGCCUGUGAGCAGAUGGGCUACGAGAGCAAACCCACCUUCAGAGCUGUGGAGAUUGGCCCAAACCAAGAUCUGGAUGUUGUUGAAAUCAUGGAGAACAGCCAGGAGCUUCAGGUGCGAAACUCAAGUGGACCCUGUCUCUCAGGCUCCCUGGUUUCCUUGCACUGCCUUGCCUGUGGAGAGAGCCUGAAGGCCCCCCGGGUGGUGGGCGGGGAGAAGGCCUCUGUGGAUUCUUGGCCUUGGCAGGUCAGCAUCCAGUACAACAAACAACAUAUCUGUGGAGGGAGCAUCCUGGACCCCCACUGGAUCCUCACGGCAGCCCACUGCUUCAGGAAGCAUCUCGAUGUGUCCAACUGGAAGGUGAGAGCCGGCUCAGACAAAUUGGGCAACUUCCCAUCCCUGCCUGUGGCCAAGAUCUUCAUCAUUGAGCACAACACCACCCACCCCAAAGAGAAGGACAUUGCCCUCGUGAAGCUGCAGUUCCCACUCACGUUCUCAGGCACAGUCAGGCCCAUCUGCCUGCCCUUCUCUGAUGAGACGCUCCCUCCAGCCACCCCACUAUGGGUCAUCGGAUGGGGCUUUACGGAGCAGGAUGGAGGGAAGAUGUCUGACACACUGCUGCAGGCGUCGGUCCAGGUCAUUGACAGCGCUCGAUGCAACGCAGAGGAUGCGUACCAGGAGGAGGUUACCGAGAAGAUGCUGUGUGCAGGCGUCCUGGAGGGCGGCGUGGACGCCUGCCAGGGUGACAGUGGUGGGCCCCUGAUGUAUCACUCUGACCAGUGGCAAGUGGUGGGCAUCGUGAGCUGGGGCCAUGGCUGUGGGGGCCCAGGUACCCCGGGAGUAUACACCAGGGUCACAGCCUUUCUCAACUGGAUCUACAAUGUCCGGAAGUCUGAGCCAUGAUGCUGCUGCCCUUCUGCAGUGCAGGAAACUGCUUCCUCACUGUCUUGCCCACCUGGGGAUCCCCCAGAAGUCAGACACAGCAAGAGCCCCUUUGGGCACACCUCUCUGCCCCACGGCUCAGCAUUGCUUGGCGCAGCAAAGGGCCUCCAUUCUUAUAAGAGACGCCACAGCCCACAGGCACCCAGGACAAAGUCAACGGCCUCAGCUCAGCCACCCCCAGUGCUCCCGGCAUCCCAAGGAGAGAGACGUAGCCCACUGAAUAGGCCAGACUCUGGACCGAGGUCUCAGAAGGCAUUGCUAAGCCAAGAAGGAACUCGCCCUCUCUGCUGAAUGGAAGUAGACUCUUUGGUGAAAGCCCAGACGACCAAGGGCUGGAGUAGAGGGAGGAAAGUGUUUGAGCCAGCCCUCUCCUUCUCCACCCAUCCCCAAGCCUACUCAAGCAAGAAACCAGCUGUAAUGUAAAAUGCACUGUCCUGGUGUUGGCGCAACUACUGUUACUUACUGUCGUUAUUGUUACCUCUUUGAUCACUGUUAUUAAACAGGUACAUGAAGUCUUGACAUAGGCUGACUGGGCUGCUUGAUAAGAACUGAGCUAUGACUAUUGAACUUUAUUCUUU